UGUGUGUGCAUGUAUAUCUGCAUGAGUUCUUUUUUUAUUUCAUUUCCAUUGCUAGAUAGAUGCACACAAUACUCCGUAUGACCAACAUACACUCUUCGUCGAAUCGGGAGAAAAAAAACGUCGAACAUACAGUAGAGAAGAAUAUAAUAAAAAAAAUAACACAACACUGAAAUAAUAGAGAAGAAUACACGCCAGUAACAGUAGAAAAGAAGUUAAAAAAAUCAAAAUGGCCGUGAAUAUAUUGGAGGGUUGACGACUCGUCGGAUUUUUGUAUAGAUUCGGUUUAUGCUGCUUUACCCGAAAACACAAGUAAUAAAAACUAUAGAAGCGACCAGCAAAAGCAUAAGAGUGAGUGAGGAGCAUAAUUAUCAAAUACGCACAAUCAACAACCAAUCGACGAGCUAUUGAGAGAUUAUUACAAGAAGAAAACAUACAUACACUCAAUCAUCAGACGUUUUCGAACAUUUAUAAAGUGCAUAUAAAUAAUAAUAUUAUAUUUUUUUUCUCUCGAUUUUGUGUUAUUAUUGUUGCGUGUGUUUUGUGUUUGUGAUACAGUGAAUUGUGCACACACAAAGCAGCUACAUCGAAAAGCAAGCAAGCAAGCAAGUAAAAAAAAGAAACAUACCAUUAUACCAACGACGAUGAAAACUUUCUAGAUGUGGUGUUUGUCUCGUACUCAUGUUUGGUGGUGAUAAAAAAUAAAGAAGUCAUUGUGCUUGAAUAUCAAACAGUGGAUACAAGAAGAAAAAAUAAUAAAGAGAAUAAUGUAAAGAAAACAACAGUGCACCGUCAAAGGAAGUAGUUCUUAUUUAGUGAGCGAAAACGGAGUGAAAGAGAUCGAGCAAACAAACAAAAAAAAAAACAACAACCAGUGAGUGAAAAAUUAAAAUAUUACACGAAACGAAAGUGUUAUCAUUCAACAAGAAAAAUCUUUCAUUCAAAUGUAAGUUAAAAACCAAAACCAAAAAAAAACAAAUAACAAAUAAACAUCAUCAAACAUCAUAAAAACGAAAGAAGACAGAGCGUGUGGCAAAGAACACGACGACAACGACAAUAAUAUACACAAAAAGAAAAAUCUCAUACACGAAUUUCUCUCGAAGCAAGCAACAAUAACAGCAGCAUCAGCAGCCACUUCCGAUGAAAAUGGAAGAAUUGACAUUGUCAACGUCAACAUCAUCAUUAUUAUCAUCAUAGAUUGCCAUUAGAAUAAGUGGAGUUUUGUUGACACCAACACCUACAUUGAUACGAAGAGUGGCUGCCCGGAGAGCGAUUGAAUUUAUUUUCCGUUCCUCUGCUUUGCUCUUUAUUUAAAUUUUAAAACGAAGUUAAAGUAACUUAAAUUAAACAAAUAAAAAAAAAUGGGAAACAAGUGUUGCAGUAAACGUCAAGAUCCGGACAUUGGUUGUCCUGGUGGCAAGAAAAAUGAUUUGUCAAGUAUGUCACAACAGAAAUAUAACAAUGGUUCAAUAGACUCAAGAUAUACACCAGAUCCAAAUCGGCACAAAGGUGUUGGAGCCGAUUUCAUUCGUAUUCGUCAACCGACACAUUUUGCAGGUCACAUGAAGCGGCGAGUUGUGAUUGCAUUGUAUAAUUACACGGCACGCGAAGAUACCGACGUGAGUUUUGUGAAGGGUGAUCGAAUGGAAGUGCUCGAUGAUACUGAAUCAGAUUGGUGGCGUGUCAUUCAUAUAACCACACGGCAAGAGGGUUUAAUCCCAUGGAAUUUUGUUGCCGAAGAACGAAGCGUUAACAGUGAAGAUUGGUUCUUCGAGAAUGUGUCACGCAAAGAAGCCGAUAAACUUUUAUUAGCCGAAGAGAAUCCACGCGGAACGUUUUUGGUGCGACCGUCAGAGCAUAAUCCAAAUGGUUUUUCACUAUCUGUCAAAGACUGGGAAGAUGGCCGUGGUUAUCAUGUAAAACAUUACAAAAUCAAGCCAUUGGACAACGGUGGAUACUAUAUCGCAACAAAUCAAACGUUCCCAUCGUUACAAGCUUUGGUGUUAGCGUACAGCAAAAAUGCAUUGGGCUUGUGUCACAUAUUGUCACGGCCAUGUUCAAAGCCACAGCCACAAAUGUGGGAUCUCGGUCCAGAGUUGCGUGAUAAAUGGGAAAUUCCACGGUCCGAAAUUCAACUGAUUCGAAAAUUGGGCCGUGGCAAUUUUGGUGAGGUGUAUUAUGGUAAAUGGCGUAAUAAUAUUGAUGUUGCUGUAAAAACAUUACGCGAAGGUACAAUGUCAACGCAAGCAUUUUUACAAGAAGCUGCCAUUAUGAAAAAAUUCCGUCACAAUCGUUUGGUUGCCCUGUAUGCGGUUUGUUCAACAGAAGAGCCAAUUUAUAUUGUUCAAGAGUAUAUGUCGAAAGGCAGUUUAUUGGACUUUUUACGCGAAGGUGAUGGUAAAAAUCUACAAUUUGAAGAUUUAAUUUAUAUUGCCGCUCAAAUUGCAUCGGGCAUGGAAUAUUUGGAGUCAAAGCAGUUGAUACAUCGUGAUUUGGCCGCCCGUAAUGUGCUCAUUGGCGAAAAUAAUGUGGCAAAAAUAUGUGAUUUCGGUUUGGCACGGGUUAUAGCUGACGAUGAAUAUUGCCCGAAACAAGGAUCACGUUUUCCAGUUAAAUGGACCGCACCUGAAGCCAUUAUUUAUGGAAAAUUCUCCAUUAAAUCGGAUGUCUGGUCGUAUGGUAUUCUAUUGAUGGAACUAUUCACCUAUGGUCAAGUACCAUAUCCUGGUAUGCAUAGCCGUGAGGUGAUUGAACAAAUUGAACGUGGCUAUCGUAUGCCAAAACCACCGAAUCAUCAUCUUCCGGACGAUAUCUACCAUUUAAUGUUGCAAUGUUGGGAUGCUGUGCCCGAAAAACGGCCAACAUUUGAAUUUUUAAAUCACUAUUUCGAAAGUUUUACGGUAACAUCUGAGGUUCCAUAUCGAGAAGUACAGGAUUAGGAUAUUGUUGUUUUUUCAUAACGGAAACGCUUUUUUGCUGCCGCUGCCACCAUCAUCGCUGCUGCCGCCAAUAUACAAAAGUCACACAUUUAUACAAACACAAAUAUAUUCACAUACACACACACAAAGAGGGAGAGAGAGAGAAACAACAGACACACAUCCAGACAAUUAUCCGUUUUGUACAUCGGUUUCCUUACUCGCGAAUUCGUUUUACCAUCGUCGUGCGAUGCGGGUCGCGGUUAGACCCCCAUGAUGCAACAUAAGCUCCAUACAAUACUAAUGCAACCGAAUCAUUUUUAGCAUAUUUUUUUCCACUUGUUUUAUUCAAUAAAUAUCACCAUGAGAGAGAAUCAUUCGUUUGCUAUUGUAACAUUCGGAAUCGCCAACAAAAACGAAACGAACAAACAAACAAAGCCGUAUUUUAUACUACGAACUUUUUAUACUGUACACACGUAUUUAUUAUUUAGUAACGUUUGAAGGUGAAAAACACGAGACAAGAAAAAUCAGUUCGAGUUCCGAAAUUUCAAUAAGAAUAAGAAUUGCAAAAUUCAAUAAUACAUUCUUUUUAGAUCAAACUUAAAGCUUUAUCGAACAAAUUGAACUCCAGUCAAUGGGAGUGAACUUUUUUUGUAGCGACAACCGAACAGUACGAGCAAAUCAUUUAAAUUAAGACAGUUCAAACUUAAAAUGGAGCAAGUCAACCAAAAAAAAUAUCGGUUUGCUAAAACAAUGAUUUCUCACAAAACUAUUCGUAGAAGAAAAAAGAAAUUUAACUCAAAAUCACGAAUAUAUUUAAAUACGAUUCAAGUAGAAAAAUUAUAAUAAUAUCACCGAACUGUUUCCAAACAAUAAAAAAAAAUGUUGACAUGUUUAGCGUUUAUAUAAUUUUGUACUCAUUUCACAAUGAUUGAAAUGUAAAGAGAAAAAAAAACAACCAUUCAACGAGUCGCCAAAUAGAAAAUAAUGAACUAUUUAACUGAAACGAACCGAAGAAAAUACGAAUAACAAGCAAGAACGAAAAACUACCAAACAAAACACAAAAAAAAACAUUGUACUCUCGAUUUGCUGAUCAUACAAAUUUGAAGCGCAUAAAAAUACAAAUCAAGCAACACCGACUUGCUCAAAUGAAGGAAGACAAAAAAUGGCAGAUGAAGAGAAAGAAUUAAAACCGACUAACAAAUACAUUUGAUCAGUUCCUGAUGAUGAUAUAAAUUUAAAUAGUUAUUAAAAAAAACACACACACACAGUAGAUAUUGUACUUCGGUAUUUUAACAUUUGUACGUAGGCAAAUAAAAACAAAAAUGAAUUUUACAUAAAAACACACAUAUACCACAGAACAACAAGGGAAAUACGAAUCAAUUUAUAAUUUAAAAAAAUGAUAUACAAAUAAACGAAUGAACACCCGCAUAUUUAUAUAUAUUGAGAGAUGAAAUGUUGACAUUUGAUUUUGAUCCCACACAAAUUUAAACCAAGACAAAGACAAACAAAAAUCAAUUUGUAGAAUCGUCCAAUCCAGUUGCAUGCACACAAAAUAAAAAUAAUAACACAUCUUUGUUUGAAUCUGAAAAUAACGGAAUUACGUGUCUAUUCGAAUUGAAAUUUGAAAAAUAAUCACUUCUUUUUCGUGUUUCAAUCGAAUGUUUAAAUUAUAUUUAAAAAAAAAUUCGUCCCAAAACCAAAAUUCAAAAUUAACUGCUGGUUUGUAAUGGAAUACAAAAUUUACUCGAAAAUUAUCAUUUUCGUUUCUAUUUUUUAAAUAGUUUAAUUUAAUUGCUCCAAUUAGUGGACGGCAAUUGUAUGCAUGAAAAUUUUGUCCAGAACAAAAUAAAAUCAAAUGUGCAAAAUGCAAAGUAUAUAAAGAAAAACUCGUAGAAAUGUAAGAAACCAAAAAAAAAACCGAAAGAAUUGAAGAAAACAAAAGUGGAUAUUUAUACCAACAUGAUUGUUAAUUUUUUUUUGCUAAAUGUGGAAAAACCAAAUAAAAGAGAGGAAUGUUUUUUUUCCUGUAGAAUAAUA